AUCUAUGGCGUUCGGGCCUGCGUACAAGCUCUGCUUUGGCCCCAAGUCUUUCAUCGUCAUCUCCGACCCGGUGAUGAUCCGACAUGUCUUGCGCGAAAAUGCUAAGGCAUAUGACAAGGGGAUCUUGGCAGAGAUCCUGGAACCCGUCAUGGGGAAGGGUCUCAUCCCCGCCGAUCCCGCAACGUGGAAAGUACGGCGCCGGGCGAUCGUGCCGGGCUUCCACAAUGCGUGGUUAAACGCGAUGAUUGGCGUUUUCGGCGAUUGCAACAACGUUCUCAUCGGGAAGCUGGAGGACGUGGCGCAGCGCGACGAUCAGAUCGAGAUGGAAUCCCAAUUCUGCAGUACAACAGUUCCUCCCGAUUCGACCUACUGUCGGAAGCGCCUUAAUCCAAAUGGAAAAGCAACCAUGCCCCCGUUUCAACGAACGUGUGCGUCGCUCAUCUGGAAGUUCCGUUUGCCCCCGCACCUGAUCUUGGCCCUUGAUUGUUUUUCACCCCGGACAAGUGUGUCGUUGGAUAUCAUCGGGAAAGCCAUAUUUAACUACGACUUCGGCUCGGUUACGAAGGAGUCGCCCGUCAUCCAAUCCGUCUACAGCGUGCUGAAAGAGACAGAGCACCGGUCAACCUCACCUAUACCGUACUGGGAAUUACCCUUGGCCAACCAGCUGGUGCCGCGUCUUCGCAAGUUCAACAGCGACCUCAAGAUUCUCAACACGGUGCUCACUGAUCUCAUCGCUCGGGCCAAGAGCUCGGAGAACAAGGCUGACUUGGAAGACCUGCAGGCUAGAAACUACGACAAGGUCUCAGACCCGAGCAUGCUCCGCUUCCUGGUGGACCUUCGUGGGGAGGAUGCCACGGACUCUCAGCUAAGAGAUGACCUCAUGACGAUGCUGAUCGCCGGCCACGAGACCACCGCGGCCGUCUUGACCUGGGCCCUCUUUGAGAUGGUGCAAAACCCGGAGGUUGUCCGCAAGGCGCAGGAGGAAGUGGACCGCGUCAUUGGCGACAGGGUCCCCACACUCGACGACAUCAAGUCGCUCAAGUACAUCCGGUACAUAGCCGCGGAGUCCCUCCGCAUGUAUCCCGAGCCGCCCUUGCUCAUCCGCCGAGCCUUGGAGUCAGACGAGCUUCCGCCCGGAUCUGGCGACGGCCACCGACCAAAGAUCACCCGCGGCGUUGACCUUUUCCUGGCCAUCUAUAACCUUCACCGCUCCGAGGACUUCUGGGAAAACCCCAACAAGUUCGACCCCGAACGUUUCGAGAGGCCGUUCCAGAACAAGGGGGUGGAGGGCUGGGCGGGGUUCAACCCCGACUUGUUGGAGGGGAAGCUCUACCCCAACGAGAUUGCAUCCGACUUCGCCUACCUUCCAUUCGGAGGCGGUCAGAGGAAGUGCGUGGGAGAUCAGUUUGCCAUGAUGGAGAGCGUCGUGGGCCUGGCCAUGCUCACUCGCCGGUUCGAGUUCGAGCUGAUGAUCGAGCCGGAAGAGGUAGGGUUCUACACGGGGGCCACGAUUCACACCCGAAAUGGACUGCCGAUGCGAGUGAAGAAGCGAGUUUUGCCAGGAACGGGGCAGACGGGGGGAGGAGAGGCUGCCAAAAACCAGGCAGUUGAAGCCUCUGGGAGUAGUGCCGCUGUAGCCGCUUAGGUUUGCCUCGAGGGGUAUCGUUAAUUUCUCUUUAUCCAUCUAGGCGAUCCUGAGGUGCUGUUCGUAGACUGGCUGUCGAAACUUCUCCUUCCAUAGAUGUGUUUCUUUUUUCGUUGGAUGGGGCCUUGCUGCUGCUUCUUACUUCGUUUUUUUCCUUGUUUGGCCGGGUUCGAUCGUCUCCCGGUUAGUUUUUAUUGUUUGACAUGCUAUUACCGCGUUCGGAGGAUGGUUCCUGGGUCAAUUUUGGUUUCUCGUUCUAUGAAUAUGCUAAGGAAGGUGUGCCACUCUUUGGGUAGUUGGCUUGUGACCACGUUAGCGUCCGCGUCAGUUGGACCGUGCGGAGCAGGUGUUGCUGGCACGUUCUCAU